AGCGUGCUUGCUCAGGUGUCUCAGCAGCCGCACAAAGAUGGUGAUUAUUAUGACUGCCUUCGAAGGCCGAUGCGCCAGUCUGGCCAGUUUAAUCGAGAGAAUUCUUUCACCGAAACGGAUCCCGACGUUGGUGUAUUAUGAUUGCGAAUGGGCCGCGGAAGAGGGUCUUGUAGUUAGCGUCGUAGGAUGGGUCGUUAGCACGUUCGGGGGAUGUGGAGUAUGCGAGAAAGUAAUCUGGAAGAAGUGUGUCAUGAAGGACCGCCGUCUCACGGCGCAUAUAACGCAGUACACCUUUCGCGCGCAGUCGGGUGACGAGUUGCACAGGGAGCUGUGGGAUCUCUUUGAGAAGAAUGUCGCCCUUAAACAGCCGCUGCAUUGGCCGGCUCUAUCAACAUCCGUUGCCGACUGCAUUGCCGGUCGACCCAGUGUUCUGUGGAAAAGAUCGAUUGCGAAGGUCCUCAAUCAUUACCAGCGCUGGGAUCCGCGUCCGUCCACUCAUUACCGCGGUCGCUACUGGUCGGAGGCUUGGCUCGGCGAUGUGGACUCUAGUAAACUGACCAUACUGACGGCAGCUUCUUUAAGUAAUCUCAACACUAAUUUCUCUACGGAUGAAGACGAAAGCAACGAAUCGGAAUGAUACGACUCUAAUUUUGAGUUAAACGGUAAAAUUAUAAGUCCCAAGUCCUUAGUCUGCAUUAAAAAGUGCGUCGGUGGUCUUAGAAUACCAAAAUCUUA